UGAAAGUAAACUUUUGUGGCUACUUUCGGUGUCGACCACCUCACUUCUGCAGACACUGGUACCGGGAGCAGAGGAACAUCUGUCCCGAGUCAUGACCUCCUCUCUGUCCGAGCUGCUGAGGACCGCACAGAGGAGGCAGCCGCAGCAGCAGGAUGGACCGGGACCCGCCCCGCUGAGACCCCGCCAGAGGCGCACUGACCCCGGGACGGAGGGGAUGGCUCGGUGCGGCAGACACAACAGCCCGCUGGACAUUUACUGCUGCACCGACGAGGAGAUCAUCUGUGUGGAGUGCGCUUCACACGAGCACCGGGGACACCGGAUCGGCUGCGUGCAAGAGGAGCGGAGGAGGAAACAGGAGGAGCUGAAGAAGAUCCAGACCAAGUCCAAACUGAUUCUGCUCAAACGAAAGAGGAAAUUCAGAAACCUGAAGAAGAUCCUGGAACAGAUUCCGGAGGAGGCGAUACAAACGGCGGACUACUGUGAAGCCGUGCUGGCCAGUGUCAUUGACUCGCUGCAGAGACAUUACUUCUCAGUGAGGAAACUGAUUGGAGCCCAGGGGGAGGAGGCGGCGGCUCGGGUUCACGGCUCCAUGCAGACCCUGGAGGCCGAGAUGGAGGAGAUGGGAAAGCAGGAUGAAGAGCUGGAACGUCUUGAGCGGACGGACACAGAUGUCUGUUUCCUGCAGAAAUGGCCGCCACUGCAGCAUCUCAUUGAAGAUGACCACCUCCAGCCUCUGGACGAGGCCUCAGAGGACCCACUCCUCCCCUUCCAGUUCACAAGAAGAGCUGUCGAGCGGAUCGGGAGGCAGAUGGAGGAGUUUUGCAACAAUGAGUUUUCCUUGCUUUCUGACAAUGGUGACAGAGGAGAGCAACAAGGAUCAGCAGAGGAGACAGAGGAGACAGAGGAGACAGAGGAGACAGAGGAGACAGAGGAGACAGAGGAGACUGAGGAGACUGAGGAGACAGAGGAGACAGAGGAGACAGAGGAGACUGAGGAGACAGAGGAGACAGAGGAGAUUGACAUGGAGCAAGAACAUGAAGCCAGUGUCUCAGAGUUCCACAAUUCCUCAGGAGGUGACAGCUCUCUGACAGAACCGGCCGAGGAGCCGACCACCAGAGCAGAGUUUCUCCACUACGCAUGUGACCUCACCCUGGACCCCAACACAGCUCAUGAGGACCUGGUCGUGUCUGUGGGAGGCAAAGAGGUGAAGCGGAACACUCAGAUAUUGACGAGCUCUGUUCCACCGAUCCGUCACCCGGAGAGGUUUAUCCACCGGCGGCAGGUGCUGUGCAGGGAGGGACUGCAGGCCGAGCGCUGCUACUAUGAAAUCGAGGUGGAAGGCGACAAGCUGGAGAUCGCCCUCGUCUACAAAGGCAUGGAAAGAAAGUCCCGCACAAAGCUGUCGGCCUUUGGGGGCACUGCCUCCUCCUGGAGCCUCGAUCGAUGGGCAUACUACUCAGUGAGUCACAACAACGACAGCGUUCAGCUCACAAGGUGCCCCGGUCACCACAGGAUCGGGGUUUAUCUGAAGGUCAGGGAGGGGACUCUGUCGUUCUACGAGGUGUCGGACAGUAUGAUCUUUCUUUACAAGGUGGAGGCCGAAUUCACCGAGCCGCUGUAUCCAGGCUUCUGGCUCGGAAAGGAAUGUUCCAUCAAGAUCUGCGAUUUGACACAGGAUAGAUGAUGAAGGAUUUAGAGGUUUUUAAACACCCGGUGCCAGUUUCCGAGAAGUUCAUAUCUCAGUUUCCUUUUGUACAACUAGUGUAGAUUAUUUAUUUUUUGUUUUAUUCCUUUUGUUACAACUAUAUACUUUUUAUCACAUUGUUUUUAAGGCGUCUGUUGCUGGUAGUUUAAUAUUUCUCUGUGAGCUUUUCCAGCUCAUGCUAACACAUGAGCAGCUUGUGGCAAAUUGCUUUGGGGCAAAUGACCAAAUGUUCUAGUUGUCUGUCUUUAAUACAGGAACAUUUAGACAAAAAUAUAUACAUGUGAAUUUAUUAUCUUUAUUUAUUUUUUAUAGAAUUUUAUUUACAUUUCACAAUGUUAAAGAAAGUGAAAAGAAACUCAAAUUGAAUGGGUUGCUUAGGUCAUGCCCCACCCCUUACUGAAAUGUCAUGUUUCAUGUAAUCCUGCAAACAAACAAACAAGAAAUAAAAAUAUAACCUUGUUGGUGACAGUUACCUGAAUAAUU